AUAGUAACAGAAAAGAGUGAUUUGAAGUGUGUUUGAACUUUGCUAUCAUUUGUUGUAUUUGUGUUUAUUUUUAUGCCAUAAUGUCUGACCCGAAAUCCUCGUACUGGACCUCAUUGUUUGUGUACAUUGAACGACCAAAUCUCAUAAACAAACGUUUAAUGGGUAGCCAUGUCUUAAAUUGUUGGCAUAUCAAUGAUAAUCAUAAUAAUAAUAAUAUCAUUGAACUUAUGCGUAUCAGUUCUCUUAGUGAUAUAAAACAACGACUCGAAGAUUGUGUACAAAUAAGUGACAUUCAAUUAUCUCAUUUGCUAUCAAUCGGUGGCCGCUUUCUGAUUGUCAGACAAUUGCUUUUAAAACAAAGUCUCAAACAUUUAUCACAAGACAGUCAUAACGACAGUAAUAAGGAUGUGAUUGACUAUGUUUUAGUCGAUAUCUCAAAUACUGAAACAGUUUUUAUCUCAUUUAUAUCCAAUGAUGACAAAUGUCAUGUAAUACCAGAAAGUAGUCAUAAGUUUUUGCUCAAUGGGUUACAAGAAAUUGAAAUAAAAUAUUUGUUUGGCGACGAACCAAAUAUUUGGUUAAAUGAAAAAGUUUUACCAAAAUUACAGCAAUGGAUGCGUCAGGAGUUGGAGGGCAACCAAACUAGUGGUUCCCUGCAGUUAAUUAGUGUCGACACAUAUUGUCUAACAUAUAAUCGGCUGAAGAAAACAUAUGGCCAACCAUUGGUAGAAAUGUGGAAAAAGUAUGAAACAACCGAUCCGUUGAAGUUUGUCUUCGAAGACAUAGCCAUUGCAUCGUAUUUGAUAGUGCUUUGGGAAGAAGAAAGACAACUAAAACAAACAGAUGUUAAACAAAGUUUUGUGGACAUUGGUUGUGGAAACGGUUUAUUAGUAUAUUUGUUGACUAACGAAGGUUAUAAAGGAUUGGGCAUUGAUCUGAGGAAACGUAACAUUUGGGACAAGUAUGAGCCCAGAGUUGAUUUGAUGGAAAAAGUAUUUACACCAUCAGAUGAAUCGCUUAACUUUGAUGGCUAUGAUUGGCUGAUUGGUAAUCACUCGGAUGAGUUGACGCCAUGGAUACCAUAUAUCGCAUGCAACUGUUCCCCCAAAAUGAAUGUCUUUCUUCUGCCGUGUUGUCCAUUUGACUUCAAUGGCACUAAAUAUCAACGAACCGAUUCCAGUCUUAGUCAAUAUCAUUGUUAUAUAAAAUAUUUGCAAAAAGUUUGCCAAGAAUUAGGAUUUGUAACCAAAAUAGAUAAACUUCGUAUUCCGUCCACAAAACGUACGUGUCUUGUAUGCGACCGACGAAACUAUGAUUCGGGUAAAGAAUCGGAUAUGAAAGUCAAGAGAAAGGCAUUUAUAAAUGAAAAGAUCAAUGAUUUUAAUGAUUAUAAGCCUCGAGAAAAAGUAGAGACCGUUCGCAACUGUACUCGAGUUUCAAAAGAUACCAUCGAAUCGAUUGUCGACACAAUUGCCAAACAACUAAUCUCCGGAAAUAAUAGUCUAACUAUUGCUUCGAUAUCUAAACUUUUGAACAAAGAUUUGUUAAAGCAAUUGAAGAGUCAAUGCGGAGGACUUCAAACAUUGCUUAGAAAUCAUAAACAUAUAUUUGAAGUAAGCAACAGUUUAAUUGGUUUCACUCAACCGAAGCCCAUUGCAGAGACAAUUGAUGCAAAUAAACACUUGAAGUCAAAGCAGUGUUGGUUUUUUCACAAUCAUCCUAAUGGCUGUCCAUUACCUGACGCCCAGUGCCGUUACAAACACUAGACAAAUGAUGUUUACUGUUAUAAUAGACUAUUUGGGAAAAUAACAACUUUAAUGGACUAUAAAUUUUCUUUUAUGUUACAUAUAAAUAAUAUUUGUUUGCGGUAUACAAAAACAUUUGAAACAUAUGGCAUACCUUUAGGCUAUAUAUUUAUGAGAGAAAAAGUAAUGUCUUUAUUACCUAAAGACAACAUUCCUGACAAUAAUAAUACAUAAUUCACUUUUUCAUACCAUAAAAACACUGUUUAAAAUAUCCGAUUACUGACUCAUCUUUUCAAUAGAUAACUCAAAUAGUUUUGUGUUUACUGUUUAAGUACUAUUUUUUUAAAAAUAAUUUUUCAAAAUAUUAUUGUAAAAAUAUAGAUACAGUACUAUAUUAAUAGUUAUAAUUAUGUUACUGUAUAUUUCUGGACAAUGAUAUCACUAACAAUUGAUGUUUUGUCAAUAAUAUUUUUUUUAGUAAAGUUAACAAAAAAUUAUUUAUACUUUUUUGACAAACAUAAUGAAUAUUAUUAUUUGCAAAUUUCCGGGAAAUUCUUUGCGAUUGCUUAUAAAUUUUUUAUAAUUAUUUUUUAAAAAAAACUUUAUUUUAUUGGGGGAAAUAGGAGAUCUUUACACAAACACACACACAUUAUUUGCUUAUUGAAUUGUUUACAAUGAUUUAUUAUAAUUCACACAUUAUAUUA